AUGGCCGAAGUCGGCGAGGACAGCGGCGCCCGCGCCCUGCUGGCGCUGCGCUCGGCUCCCUGCAGCCCCGUGCUGUGCGCCGCGGCCGCGGCCGCCGCCUUCCCGGCCACCGCGUCCCCGCCGCCGCCGCCGGCGCAGCCUCCGCCCGGGCCGCCCGCGCUGCCCGCUGUGCCCGGCUCCGGCCCGGUGCCCUCCACCACCGCCACUGCCACCACCGCCGCGCCCGCUCUGGUGGCCGCGGCCGCCGCCUCCGUGCGCCAGAGCCCCGGGCCGGUCCUGGCGCGCCUGGAGGGCCGGGAGUUCGAGUUCCUAAUGCGACAGCCCAGCGUCACCAUCGGCCGCAACUCGUCGCAGGGCUCGGUGGACCUGAGCAUGGGCCUGUCGAGCUUCAUCUCCCGGCGCCACCUGCAGCUCAGCUUCCAGGAACCUCACUUCUAUCUGCGCUGCCUCGGCAAGAACGGUGUCUUCGUGGACGGGGCCUUCCAGAGGCGGGGAGCGCCAGCCCUUCAGUUGCCCCAACAUGUCCCCAACUCCUGUCCAGCCAGUCCCCGAGGAGCUGGGUCAUCAGGUUACCGCUUCGUCCAGAACGUGACUUCAGACCUUCAGCUGGCUGCGGAGUUCGCAGCAAAGGCCGCCUCUGAGCAGCAAGCAGACACGUCUGGUGGGGACAGUCCCAAGGAUGAGUCGAAGCCACCCUACUCCUAUGCGCAGCUGAUCGUGCAAGCCAUCUCCUCGGCACAAGACAGGCAGCUAACACUAAGUGGUAUCUACGCCCACAUCACCAAACAUUACCCGUACUACAGGACUGCUGACAAGGGCUGGCAGAACUCCAUCCGACACAACCUCUCUCUUAACCGUUACUUUAUCAAAGUCCCUCGGUCCCAGGAGGAGCCUGGGAAGGGCUCUUUUUGGAGAAUAGACCCAGCUUCUGAAGCCAAACUCGUGGAGCAAGCAUUCCGGAAGCGGAGACAGAGAGGUGUCUCCUGCUUCCGCACCCCCUUCGGGCCUCUGUCGUCACGAAGUGCUCCAGCUUCACCCACUCACCCUGGACUGAUGUCCCCCCGUUCCAGUGGCCUGCAGACCCCAGAGUGCCUAUCUCGGGAAGGCUCCCCCAUUCCACAUGAUCCCGACUUGGGGUCAAAGUUAGCCUCUGUUCCAGAGUAUCGCUAUUCCCAGAGUGCCCCAGGCUCCCCUGUCAGCGCCCAGCCGGUGAUUAUGGCUGUCCCUCCCCGACCUUCCAACUUAGUGGCUAAGCCUGUCGCCUACAUGCCUGCUUCCAUAGUGACCUCACAGCAGCCCUCAGGCCAUGCUAUCCAUGUGGUUCAGCAGGCCCCCACUGUCACCAUGGUGAGGGUGGUAACCACCUCUGCCAACUCAGCCAACGGGUACAUCCUUGCUAGCCAGGGCUCCGCCGGGGGCUCCCACGACACAGCAGGCACAGCCGUGUUGGACCUGGGCAAUGAGGCAAGAGGUUUGGAAGAGAAACCCACCAUAGCAUUUGCCACAAUCCCUGCAGCCAGCCGAGUUAUCCAGACGGUCGCCAGCCAGAUGGCCCCAGGAGUCCCUGGGCACACAGUCACCAUCCUACAGCCAGCUACACCAGUGACUCUCGGGCAGCACCAUCUUCCGGUCCGGGCUGUCACUCAGAACGGAAAGCAUGCUGUGCCCACGAAUAGCCUAACUGGCAACGCUUAUGCCCUCACCAGCCCCCUGCAGCUCCUGGCAGCCCAGGCGAGUUCAUCCACACCAGUGGUCAUCACCCAGGUGUGUGAGGUAGGGCCUGAGGAACCGACAGCAGCCGUCUCGGGGGCCACCAAUGCCACACAGACCCCAUCAACCUCCACUACCACAUCUGCCUCUUCCAGUGGGGAGCCCGAGGUCAAGAGGUCCCGGGUAGAGGAGCCCACUGGGACAGCCACCACACAGCCCACGGCAAUGGCAGCCACUGGCCCACAGGGACCAGGCACCGGCGAGUGACGUCACCUGCAGGAAGGUGGAGUGGGACCCGAGCCACAGGUGCCCAGGUGGCCGGCUGCUGCACUCGAGGACGGAGUAGAGAGGUUGACAGCCGCCUGCAGCACAUGUGCCACGAGGGUGGCCGCCACGCACGGACAGUUUCCUUUUAUCUCUCCUGUCCUCCCAUGGUUUGAAACAAAACACAUAAACACGUUCAGACGACUUGAUUGUAUGAAUCUGGGGGUUCUGUGUGUUUAUUUACCCCUCCCUCAUGCCGUCACCUCUCCACAGUUCCUGUGGGAGAAGGUCUAGCCCAGCUCCUCAGGAACAGAUCCCAGCCAGCACCCUCAAGAAGAGUGAGCCCCAGGACUGGACAGAAGUGCCACAGCGCAAACCCAGGCUGCUCGCUGGGAGCCAUCCACAGACUUCCUGUUUGUAACUGAGUGGGAAUAGACCAGAGACCAGAGAAUGGCAGGAAUGUUCCAGCAGCCUCAGGCUGGGAUGCAGUCUUCUCCCCAAAAGUGACAGUUUGUGGCAUUAAUUGGGGUCAGGUUACCUUGGCUUUGGACCCUAAAAUAUUUUCUUACAGCUAAACCUGGAAUUUGGGCUCAUCUCAAAACCUGAGACACACAGAAGGGUUCACGUGUCUUUGGGGUUCCCUUUGGUAGCCAGCUGAGCAGUUGCAGACCCAAGCACUCACUCACACCAGCCCCUGGUGAACAUACCGCUCUCCCCGAUAACUUCAAGAAGGAUCAGCGGCUCCAGCAUUGAUGUUGCAAAGUGCUUUGGCUGGAAAACCAGGCCAGGGCCAGUGGCCGUGGCAUCCAUUCCCACAGCACUGGCUGAACCCAGAGCGGCAAGCUACAGCGGACAUCCAGGGAAACCUGGGCAGCUUCAGGGGAUGUCAGCCAGCCCCUUGCUCAGCAGGGAGGAUAUUGGUAUGGGCCCGUGGAAGCUAGCAGGGGAUGUGUCCUGUAUUCCUGGCAGCUGGAGGAUCUGUGCAACCAUCUGCUCACAUUGCCUUCCCCUCACACAUUCCAGUUUCCUGAGCACCCCAAGACGUGUCCAGUUUGCAAAUGGAAACCCUCUCUUCUACCUGAAGCUGGGGGUCCCUGGCUGUUAUCCACCGGAAAGGAAACUACCUCUCCGGGCAGCAGUUGGUGCCAAGUUUGAUUACAGUGUGGCAAGAACCAAAGUAUGGAGGUCAGCCGAGGACUUGGCUCCCCAGAGGUCCCUUGGCAUGCCCAGACAAGCUACCAGCAGCACUUUGAACAUGCACCGGGUCACGGGAGUAGGAGCCACUGAAUGUUUGCCUCCAUUUGGGAAUGGGAGAUGAUUCUGCAGACAGUAACAGCAGCUGCAUGACGCAGACGUGAAGGCCUCCCGGAGCUCAGUGCUGGUCCUCCUGGACGGAGGCCCUAAGCAACAGCCACAGCUUGGACACAGCCCAGACCUAUCCCUGGCAUCAGACCUCCCAGCAGCCUUCCUCCUCUGCCUGGGCCCAGUCAGAGGAGCAGAGAGAGCCCCGUGAGCAAGGAGCAGGCAAUCCCAGGAAAGGAAGGGAUGCCAGCCAGUGACCUGGAGGCUGUGGAAAGCAGAUGACCAGGUGGGAUGAGUCCAAGCUCCACCCUAGGGCUGCCACCACUGAAGCCACCAGUCCCCCCACACAUCAGGGACCAGUGCGGGGUGCCUGCCCAGCCCUACUGAGCUAUCCUCCAAGCUCUCCAGCCAGUCGUUUCUGUAGUACUAAACUUCAAGCAGGAAGUAAGCUGUGUUUCGAAGGCCUCCCGUCUGUUGCCUGGGAGGUUUCAGGAAGCUGGGGCUGGGGUGGUAGUGGCUGGGGGAGGAGGAUUUUCCAGGUGGAGCUGCUCCUUGGAAUAGGCAAAGGGCCCUCUCCCACAUCUCUCUGUGCCCAGCAUGAACUUGUUCUCUGCGUGCCUGGUGUGAGCAUGAGGUUAGGGAAGCAGGAAUGGGCUGAGGCCACACGGGACAUUAUUGCCAUCCAUUGACUUUCCCUUCAUUAGCCAUUUAUUCUAGGCUCUUCAUGGCCACUCUGCAAGGCAGGUUAUUUGUGGAUUGUCAUGGUAGGCACUGGGUGCAGCCCCUGCAUGGAACCAUGGGUCACGCAUCUGUCGUCAGGCCUCAGUAUGGCUCUCCUGGCUCCUGAGACAUCAUGGUGUGCAUCUUCUGUGGCAGAUCCUCUCACCAUUACCACAGGUGUGGAAGGUUAUACAAGAAGAGAGUGCCAUGCACACUGUCCUAGUGUCUAUAUGACCUUAAGGCUGGUUGGGCAGCCUGAGCUAGAAAGGAGGAGGCUAGCCUGGUGCCGCUGCUCUGGAAGUGGAUUUGGUCAUCUACCAGGCAGAACCCCAGGCUUGUGCCAGCGUUUGCCCACAGCCCACAGCCACAGACCCAGAAUAGCCAGUGCUCAGGAAUGCACAGCCAACUGCAACUCACUCCCAUGAGCUCUGGGACACCAAGUAGAGUCCAGCUAAGCUAUCUGUGGAAGCCAGAGCCUGGGCCAGGGGCCAGGAAGACCAUGACCAUCUACUGUGUAGACCAUGGCUGGCAACCCUGGAGGACCUCACCAAGCCCUGUGGUUGGGGAACAGUUCAGGGACAGAUAUGAAGCUUGGGGACCUAUUCCUCAGGGUACACAGGGGCUCCCAUCUCUGGCACAGCUUUAUCUGAGCUUGCCUUGUUUUGGUAAGUUCCCUGGCAGAUCAGGUGCCUGGCUGUCUGCACCCCCACUGUCUUCUGUGUCGUGUCUAGGACUCGCCAGACUCACAGAUGCUGCAAGCAUAGGAAGUCACCAUGGUGACUGGAAGUGAAGAGACCCUGCCUGAGAGCUUGCCUGCCUACCUCUCUCUCUGUUCCUUCUCCCUUGCCCAUCUCCUUCUUCAUCCUCCUCCUCCUCCUUCCCUUCCUCCUCCCCUUUACCUCCCCCAUUCUAUUCCUCUUUCGUUCCCUCAUUCUUGCCUCCUCUGUCUUACCCACCUCAGCUUUCGGCCUGGUACCCAGGGCAUGAUAAACAUGUCUGUCAUCAGCAUCUGGAGGCUUUGCCUUUGUGCAAGGUGGGCUGACUCGCUAGCCAUGAGGAAGCCCCACAGACCCUUCCCCUGCUUUCUACAUCCUCAUAAUCUAGAGAUCUACCACCUCCCCCUCCUGCCCCUCGCCAGGGUGCCACCCGGCCUACCACAGUAAUCUGGAUACAGUCCAGGUGACGGGGUCAGUCUCUUCCUUUAGAGAGACAAGAGCAGUGGGAAAAAGGGUCCAGUGCAUCGGGAGACUUUUCCCAUAGAGAAGAAGUGGUGGUGGAAUGGAAUGCUCUUGCAUUUCCGCAAAAACCUCAAAUUCCACAUCAUACCAAUGUGACGGCGCCCACUCUGGGGUGGGUGCCCCCACCUUGCUGACCAAGCCCUUCCCUCCCGUCUGAAUAGCUCAGUGCUUCUAGUGUAAGUCGGAAGGUGAGUGAGUCUCUAUUCUGGUGAAAGCCCCCUUGUGUGGGGAGCAUCACAUCCCAGUCACUAGUGGUAAAGUCACCACAAGUGACAACAGGGUAGCCCCUUGUUUCGGCUCAGAGUGACAGAGCGCUUGGCUAUAGCGCCUCACCUCAGAAUACCUCUGCUUAGAAGCAAUGUUACAAAGGCUAAGUCGAGUUGCUCCAAAGCUGCUGACUCCAGCUUCCUCAGAGCAGGACCUCUGACAUGCACUUUGGCUUGCAGGAGGCAGGUGAGGGCUGGGGACAGACAGUAGCCAAGGCCGCCUCGAUUCUACCUGCCACUUCAGCCCUGUCCUCAACUGAAUGUCCCCUUUCAUCUCGUGAGUCCCCUGCCCCAGGCCUUGAAUUCAGGGUGGUUCCUUCUGGGUUUUUGUUUUGUUUUGUUUCUUGUGGUGCUGGAGACUAAACUCCUUGCACGGGCUAGGUAAGCCCCUAGGCAAGGGUUCCACUGAGCCACACUCCCAGCCCUUUGGAUUUUUUAAACUUGAGACAGGGU